GCGGCACUUUCACUCUCCAUCAGCUUGCGCCCACCGCGUCCUGUCCGGUCUGUCCGCUGCCCGCCCGCCGCCCGCGACAUGGAUGCCAAGGCGGUCGCCGUACUGGCCCUUCUGCUGGCCGCGCUCUGCCUCAGCGACGGGAAACCUGUCAGCCUGAGCUACAGAUGUCCAUGCCGUUUCUUCGAGAGCCACGUUGCCAGAGCCAACGUCAAGCAUCUCAAAAUCCUCUCCACUCCAAACUGUGCCCUUCAAAUCGUGGCAAGGCUGAAGAACAACAACAGACAAGUGUGCAUUGACCCAAGAUUAAAGUGGAUUCAGGAAUACCUGGACAAAACUUUAAACAAGGGGCGCAGAGAAGAAAAAGUGGGGAAAAAAGAAAAGAUAGGAAAAAAGAAGCGACAGAAGAAGAGAAAGGCUGCUCAGAAAAGGAAAAACUAGUUAUCUGCCACCUCGAUGGACCACAAUGCACCCUGCCCUUGUCUGUCCCGGCGCUUUGUAAAUUGGCUCUAACCCUACUUCCCAAUGACCCACCUGCCUCUCGGGCCAGGUGCUCGGACUUCCGUGGUGGGAGCAGUGCUUUGCCACUCUCAUGGCCACCCCAGCUGUGUACUCAUGUGCUUCCUAAGACCCUUCUUGGUCUGUUAAAUUAUGAAGAAAAUAGUUGUGCAGAGACGGGCUUGAGAUCUGUGACGCGGAGGCUGCGGCUCAUGACUGACUAGAGUAGCCCAGUGUUUCCAGAACACGUUGGCCUGCCCUCCACUCCCUCUCUGAGCAGGCUGCAUCCGGGAGCUCACGCAGCACCAGGCACUUACAGUUUGCAUCCCAGGUCCCAGAGCAGCUUGCCAGCAGAGGCAGCCUCACGCCCUCUCCCUCCUUCUGGCAGGCACACCUGUCAUGGUUUUCGGAGGCAGAGUGGUGGUAGGCACCAUUCGUGUAGACAUAACACACACUGCCCGUAGCACCUGGCCUCAGCUGUCGCAGUCCCUGUUGCCUGGCCCUCCCUCACUCUGCCACCACUUCAGGGCAGAACUUCAGCCCUUCUCCCCUGGCCUGAGCUGCGUGAGCCUCCACCACACAACAUGGGCUUGACCUGCAGAGUCAGCAUGGUGGUGAGCAGGAUCGAGUCCUGAGUUUCCAGAGAGCAGAUGUGGACAUGCUUCUCAGGGAGCCUCUUCUUGGGGUAAUGCUUGCAGAUUCUUCAAAAUGGGGUCCCUGGGCUGGGAGGGCCUCCAAGAUGGUGUGUGGUAGGCUCUGGACACAGCUGCCUGGGUCCUCGCUCCUUGCUCAUGGGAAACAGCUACUUAAAGUGAACAUAGUUUACAUUCUAGAACUUGCCCCCACCCCUGUGGAUUUAUGCUUCAGAGUGAUUUCUUGCCAAGCUUCUCCGAUGUGUGAGGCAGCCCCUGGACUGGAAGGGGAGAGGGAGGCAAGUGGGAGAGCAAGGGAUACCCUGGCUUUGGUUAUGCUCUGAAAAAGGACCCCUUGGAUUUCUCGACUCUUCCUCCCACCCCCCAAGCACACGGUCGCCCCUGCCCCAGGAGCCUCGGUCCUACUUGUGCUAAAUGGUUGAAAAGAUGAAGCGGCUGGGGGACAGAGCAGAAGGAUUUCAGAGGCAGAAAACCCCAGAGUUGCUGGCCUACAGUUCAGGUCUUGGAGGGUCUGUCCCCUCCAGCUCUGUGCUUGCUGGUGCGGCUACAGCAUCAGUUGCUUAGAGCCAUUCCUCCUCUUCACUGGAAAAGUGCCCAGACAGGGCACUGCAGCUACAGAGGGGCAUUUGUUCCUGCUGCCAUCUCUCCUAUUUGGAUGGCUCUCUACCCUCUGCCCCUCUUAUCAGCUUGGUGCUGGUCAGUUGGACCCCUGGGCCUGGAAAGGUGCCAGCUCUACAGGCCCUCCUUCCCUCCCCCACCCUGAAGGCCGCCUCCACCAGCUCCUGAGGAAGGCAGCAGCAGUUCUGGCCCAUGGGUCUUUGGCUAGGGUAGUCCUACUCUGACAAAGGAACCCAGGGGAAGGUCCCACCCAUGUGCCCCAGGCACCCUCAGUUCUAGGCUGACGUGUCCCAUUCAUUCUUCAGAUGACAGGUAGCACCACUCUGUGGCCAGAACUGGGUGGCUGGCCCAUCACAUGAGUGUCGUCCUAAGCUGUUUGCCCUCUAGCAACAGUGGGUGAGCUAAUGUUGCCCUGAGGUGGCAAAUCAGGCUUUCCGCUAUGCCCCUGGGAGACACCGCCUCCAUCCCAUCCUGUGGAUGGGUGAGCCGGGCUGCAAGGACUAAGAGAGUGGGCCCCCUGUGAAGAAAUGCAGUGAAGCUCCCACCCCAUCCGUGCAUGACUCUCAGGCCCCCGCCAGCCUCAUGGGGCCUCACUCCAUCUUGCCAAGUGCCUUAUGAAACUUAAACAUGGUGGUGGCCCCAGCCCCAGGGAAUGGACCAGGGUUGCUGUAGAGGAGCCAGAACUUGAUUCUCUGGUGGGGAUGAAACCUGAACGUGGUGUCUGAGGCAGGAUGGAAAGCAAUGCUGUCGUGGUGCCCUGCCAGGUCUCCUGUUCCUCCAGGGUAUCAGUCCCUGGUCAGUCCAUUUGGUGAGGCCUGGAGGCGGCCACUAACCUCAUCUAGAAGGUGAUUGUGGGUUUUGCUGGAGGGAAGCAGUUGGAAGUAUCUGUUUUAUGGGAGGGCUUUCCGGAGGCCCAGGUCACAGGGCUGAACAGACCAGGCUCUGGGACACGGGACUGCCCAGGAUGGAAGCCCAGCAGCUAACUGGCCUCCUGGCUCAGUGUAAGUAUGAGUGUCUGUGGCUGCUCUCAUUCCCUCAGGCAGAGAGUAUCGUAAGCCCUGAAAAAAUGCACUGUAUUUUUUUAAAGUCAUUAUGCCUCUGUCUUGUCACUUGGUGUGACCUGUCUCCAUGUUAUCCUCAUGCUAUUGUUUGUAGCCUGUUCCCCAUGCUUGCUGUGUCCGUGUCUUUGCCUUCCUGCCUUUAGUCCCUUUCCCGUCUCUGCUUCUGCCAUGGCUGUUUCUUAAUAGCCUUCCCACUCUGUUCAGGGCCCCUGAAGGGAGACACAUGGCAUGCGAUUUUGAAGUAAUGGUUGGGGACCCAUACAGCUUCUCAGGCAGCUACUUGCCUUGGAACAGGAGGCUUCACCAUCUCUGAUGUGAUAGCUCUAUAUUCAGCAGAUCCCACAGGAGGACAUGGUUGCCGGUCGAAAUCCGCCUUAAUGGUGUUUCACUCUGUUCUUCAUUAACAGGAGGUUCAAGAUGUGAGAGGCUCGGGUUGAGUCAGAUGCCUGAGGAAACCUUACAUGGGAGCCCAGGUCUGAAAACCAGUGUUAGGGAAGGGCCUUCCUCAGCUUCCCCACUACCCAAGCCAAGGCCGUCUGCAUUUCCAAGGGAUUUGUUUUGCACAAUUUGCCUUACUUUCACAUUUGAUUAUGUAGCAAAAUAUAUGGUGUUUAUUUUUCAUUUAGUGUGAUUAGCAAAUGUCACUGGUGACAGCUAGGAGCUUAGACUAAGGCCAUUAUUUUACUUGCUUUAUUAUAAUAUCUCUCCCUAGUCUGACCAGGGAUUCCUGAGUUUCGUAUCUCUAUGUAUGAGCUGUACCCAGCUGAGACAUCAGCCUGUGGGAGACUUGCCAACAUUUGUCACUCCCUAGAAUGGAGAGACACCAGGAAGGUCUUGUGGGGGUGUCAGUACCAUCAGCAGGGUGAACCAUAGUAAAGUCUGCCCUGUACUGCCCAGAGUGGUGGUGGUGGGUUUAGUUCUAGAGGGCAAGACUUGAGGCUAACCCAUUUCUCCAAAUGAGAGCUGAGGUCUGGCCACCUCAGUGAGGAUGACAGGGUCUGCCUGAGUCAAGGCAGGAGUGUGAGGCCAGGGCAGGGUGAGAAGCUCCCCUCACUCCAAGCUGUCAUCUGCAUCCCAUCAUGUCCUUCUCAUCAUUUCCUCUCUCUCAUGCAUCAUCAUGUGUCUCCAAGACUGUCUCCGUGACCCUGGAAAAGGAUUCUCUCAAGACCAAAGCUUUCAUUUGUACUGAGCACCAAGAAGCAAAUCAAAAUGUCUUGUCUUACCAGGUCCUGAAAACACUGUACACAUCUAUGUCUUGUUUGGAAUAUUGUCCAUUGUCCAAUCCUGUGUUUUUGUUCGAAGCCAAUGUUCCAUCUCUGACCAGUAUCUUGGGGAGCUGGUAUUCUGUUCUUUGUAUACAAAGGCUGAGAGGAAGGACGUGCCCUGGGGGCCUUUUCACCCUAUUCCAGAUAGGGCUGUAAUCCUUUGGUUUGGAUCACCUUGGUGUCGCCACUGAUCACCAACACUCCAGGAUCAACAGAACCCAAGGGUAUUUGGUUGGCAGCAAUAUUGACCUUUGAGGCCUGCUACCCCUCAAUUGUUCCAGCGUUGUUGAUAUUUUAAAACUGUAAGUAGUUUUGUCUUCAUUGCUCCAAGUCAGUAAUGUUUUGGGAAUAAAAAGGAUUCUCAACUUUUUUUUGUUUUUGUUUUUUAAAAACGUAACCCACAAAAGACUCAAUCUGGAGGUGAGAUUCCUUCUCGAUUAAAAUGGAAUCUCAUCUUUUUUUACCGUGUGAAAACCCCAUCACCUCUAACCUUACAAAAGGCUUACAAUAAUAGCCCAGGAGGACUUUCUUUCCUGCCAUAUCACCUGCUUCUAGGAAGACGGCAGAGGCGUGUCCAUAGGGCAUUCCUGUAAGAACAUGACGGUAUAUUCAGGGAAUUCCAUUAAAAAUCCUGACAUUUUGGAUGGUUUCUUUCUGAGUCAGGGCAGUUUGUAGAGUUGCAUUAAGCAUUUAAUUUUGUUUUUUCCUUUUUUUUAAAGGUAGGCAUUUCAGGGUUUGCUUUGUUUUGUUUUUGAUUUGGUGUCGCUAAUACUUUUCCCUUGUUCUGUAAGAUCCCAGUAAAAUUUGUAAAAUUAAGAAAGUGGAAAAAAAGAAGGGCAAAAACAAGGAAAACCUUAUCAGCUGACAGGACAUUGUACAUAACAUGUAGAAAGUAAAUGAUAAUGAAAUAAUCUUGAAUUGUAGGUGUUUUUAGGUUUAAUAAUUCUGUGGGGUUAUUAGUAACAUGUUAGGCUUUCCCAUAAAUGUUCCUUUAAAUUAGAUCUUCAAGGGAGAAGGCAAAUCCAUCAACCAAAAUUUUCCCCUAAUUUAAAUAAAAAUCCACAUCCUUAAAACAACUGUUUCGUUGAAAAAACGCAGUACAGGAAACCUUUAUUUGUUAUAAGGAGUACAGAGCUAGGUUCAAAACUCUGUUAUGAAAUGAUCUUGUCACUACAGUGUUCCCCAGUUAUAUAUGAGAUGAUUGAACUUGCAGUGGGACAGUUAUUUUCAGGUAAUCCAAGAUUUUUUAAAACCCCUUAUGGAAAAUAUGAAAGCAUCUUCUUUUGGAAUCUGUGAACCAGGACUCAACACCAUUAAAUUUCUUACUCCGAGGAAAUAAGAAAACAAACAAACAAACAAACAAAAAGGCCCCAAACCAGUUGCUGUUGAGUCUUGAUUCAGACUUCCACUACUCUAAAUCCUGGGGGCUGGGGGGUAGACAAGAGUAAAAACUGCAGGCAAAAUUAUUUGUAAAACAAUUCCUCUACCCCCAAGUUGGCUUCUUAAUGGAGCCUAUCCUACUAAAGUAAAUAUACAUUUAAAUAGACGUUUGCAAAGAAAAAGGAGCCCCUAAUUCGCCUUUGGCUUCAAAAUACAAGUCAAGCACAGCAGUGAGUGUUCAGGCUUUCCUUUGCUGCCUCUGUCUGACAGUCCCUUGGGCUCUGGUCACCUCCAGGGUGCUCCUCCACUGCCAGCCUUUGCAUAGGAGGAGGGACAGGGUCCUGGGGGUCCACAGAUGUGCUGUUUGUGGAAUCCGAAUCUGUGCCAUGUGUUGUUUGCACUGUUGUCUGUUCCCCUUGGCCAGCUGCUGAGAUACCAGCGAGGAAGUUUCAGGAGGGACCCUCUGCUUGUCCACCUGCUCACCAGAGGUCACCUCUGGAGAAGGGAGUGCUUCAGCCUGGAGCAGAGGGUUGGAAUAGCAAUAAAUUUCAGUCCCCCAGUGUAAAAUCCAGACAGUCUUCUAAGCCUUUUUAUGGAAUUAGAUUUGACCUUCCCAGGGUGCCUUUUUCUGACCACAGUUAGUGCUGUGGCCUCCCUAACUGGGAGUUUAUCUCCUUCCCCAGGUAGUAUACCCUUUUCCAGCUGGAUGAUAACUGUGGGGUCCUGAUCCCUCUAUGCAUCUACUCUGACCCUUUCUGAGUGAGUCCCAUUCCUGGGAAAUGCUCCCUAGAAACCUCCAAAUCCUCUAAGCGGACUACUGGCAGAGCCAAGUUAAAGAAGCACGUAGAAAACUUGUUAUCCUGCAACCUCGCUGGGCGCUCAGUAUCUGUGCAGUGAUGGACUUGGUGUUAAAUGUGAUAAACACUGUACUUUGUAUAAAUUUGUUUAAACUGCAUUUCCCAGAUAAUGUGAAAAUGGUCCAGGAGAAGGCAGCUUCCUGUAUACAGUGUGCUUUUCUUUUUUUUUUAAAUAAGUAAUAAGUCUCUUCAGAAAUAGUUUUUACUAUGAAGCCAUAUCAAUUAAAAGAUGUAUAUGCACUUACAAUUUUCCUAAUAAAUAUCUGUAUUCAAAUGAGCCAAUGGUUUGAAAUUAUUGUAUCCAUUUGAAAUUCUUCAGACUUGGUUUUUCUGCCACAACACAGAGGGGUUGUGCAAUCCUAGCUGACCAGGUUUGGUGGAUAACAGAUCAGAGUAAUCAUGCUAAACAUGGGCAGGAAUUCCAGGGGCAUGACUGCCUCCCCUUUUCCACUGACCCUUAGCAGGGGAAAGGUGCUCCCUCUUCUCUGAAUGCCCUUGGUUUGCUGGAAUCCUUUCUUAAGGUAACCUGGUCCUCUGCCCCACUUAAAGUAAGAUGGCUCUCUACCCUACUUAAGGUAAGCUGGUCCCCUUCCCCACUUAAGGUAAGAUGGGAUGGUCGCCUACCCCACUUAAGAUAAGCUGGUCCUCUACCCCUCUUAAGGUAAGAUGGUCCCCUGCCCCACUUAAGGUAAGAUGGCCCCCUACCCCACUUAAGGUAAGAUGGUCCCCUACCCCACUGAAGGUAAGAUGGUCGCCUACCCCACUUAAGGUAAGCUGGUCCCUUACCCCACUUAA